UACUUUAAACCAAUGUACUAACGUUCCCACAAUAAAUAUUCUUUUAAACGCAUAAUUGAUUACAUCUAUAGUAUUUGUGAUCGGACUACGGGAGGAUUGUUUUUCUGUUGCUCAAGACUCUUGUUUAGUCUGGACGCUUGUUUUUCCAGUCUCGUGAUUGGUCAGGUAAAGUUUCCCGGUUAAUGGUCGCGUGGGGCAACGAGGGAGGGUUUCAUCUGGUGCAAACAAGAGAAAGUGAAACAGACCCAUGAUCGCUCAGGGUCAUCCUCAUCUGUGAUCUUGAAGAACUGCGUAAAAUGGCGAAUAAUCUUGAUGAUGCUCAAGCAGAACUGGACUCGGUGGAGGCAGAGUUGGAGAUGGUGGAACUGCAGAUCUCUGAGCUGCUGGAGAAACAGGCGAAGCUGAACUCCCGGAAAAACAAACUCCUGCAGGUCCUGGAGGGAGCCUGCAGCUCGGCGCAGCCCUCUGGAUCCAGCAAACCUCCCAAACCAUCCUUCAGCAAACAGGACCUAAAGCACUAUGAGGAGUCAGGUUUCUCAUGGUCUGAAGAAGUUCAGGCGAAGCUGGGUAGCGUGUUCCAGCUCUCCAAAUUUCGCCCCCUGCAAAAGACGGCCAUAAAUCUCAGCAUGUCAGGGAAAGACCUUUUCCUGGUAAUGCCCACUGGACGAGGAAAAAGCCUGUGUUACCAACUGCCAGCCCUCUGCUCUAAGGGUUAUACAUUAGUUAUCGCCCCUUUGGUGUCUCUAAUGGAGGAUCAGCUGAUGUAUCUGAAGUCUGUUAAUGUCCCGGCAGUGACUCUCAAUUCUUCCAGUACAAAGGAGGACUCUAAGCGUGUCUUGGCAGGGAUGAUAGAUAAAAACAGCCCCUUCAAGUUGCUCUAUGUAACCCCUGAGAAAAUCGCCAAGAGCAAACUACUGAUGUCCAAACUCGAAAAGGCCUACAACAUGAGUCUGUUGGCACGCAUCGCCGUUGAUGAAGUUCACUGCUGCAGUCAGUGGGGGCAUGACUUCAGGCCAGAUUACAAGCUUCUGGGUAUCCUAAAGCGCCAGUUCCCUAAAGUCCCAUUGGUCGGACUGACUGCCACAGCAACCAGCAACGUCCUUAAAGAUUGCCAGAAGAUUCUGUGUGUUCAGGAACCCAUCACUCUGACAGCACCGUUCAACAGACCAAACCUUUACUAUGAGGUUCGUUUUAAAGAUAACGAUGACUGUACCGACCAAAUUGCACAACUGAUUAGAGAAAGAUACAAAAACCAAUCAGGAAUCGUGUAUGUGUUCUCCCAGAAGGAUGCAGAAGCCGUGGCUACAGACCUGCAGAAGAGAAACAUUCUUGCUCAGCCAUACCACGCCAACAUGGAGCCUUCAAACAAGUCUCUGGUGCAUCGGCAGUGGUCCUCCAAGAAGAUCCAGGUGGUCGUUGCCACUGUGGCUUUUGGGAUGGGCAUUGACAAGGCAGAUGUUCGAUUUGUUAUCCAUCACACCAUCAGCAAAUCUAUUGAAAAUUACUAUCAGGAGAGUGGACGUGCAGGAAGGGAUGAUGGCUCUGCAGACUGUAUUGUAUUCUUCGGCUUUGCAGACAUCUUCAGAAUAAGCAGUAUGGUUGUGAUGGAGAACACUGGGCAGCAGAAGCUACAGAAUAUGGUGGCAUAUUGUCAAAAUGUGGACCGGUGUCGGCGUGCUAUGAUGGCUGUUCAUUUUGAUGAAGUUUGGGAUGAUGAUGAGUGCAACCAAAUGUGUGAUGUUUGUCGGCACGGCAACGAGUACAUCACAAUGGACAUCACCAAACAUGCUCGAGACGUUGUUACCAUAGUAGAAAUGGCCAGCUCUGUGGAUGAAAAGUUGACCCCUCUGAAAGUCUGUGACGCUUGGUUGGGAAAAGGGCCUGCCAAGCAUCGCAAAACGAUAAAGGUCACAUCACUGUCACGCUUGGAAGUGGAGUCCAUUAUCAUCCACCUUUUGUUGCAUGGCUACUUCAGUGAGGACUUUAGCUUCACUCCCUACACAACCCACUUCUACCUGAAGUUGGGCCGUAAGGCAGCUCUCCUGAAGAAUGACAAUCACUCCAUCACUAUGAAGAUGAGGAGAGUAAUGUCACACGCUACUGUAAAGAAAGUGUCAGAACGUGUUGGGGAGAAAAGUAGUGCCAAAGUAGAGGGAAAGAGACCGGCUGACAGUGACAGCAAAACAUCUGUGGCCAAGAAAGUCAAGACUCUUCCCUAGUUCUUAAGGAGAAGAACCAAAAAGUUGAGACACCACAGCAAGUCGAGACAGCCUUGAUCGAUGUGUCCAACAUGGCCAUUCAGAUGCAUAACAAACCUAAAAUCAGUAAAAAUCAC